UCUGCAGUGUGAGCCACACAGCACUCCUGAGAUUGUUGGGAUGACUCUGAACAGUAUCAUUUAUCUUUACUACCUUUAGAAAAUACUUUACUUUUGUAGCAUUUAAGAAGAUUACAACACCUUACUAUGUAGUUUUCUAAAUUUUUACUGAUUUGCCUUCCUCUUCAAGCAUAACAACCAUUAGAUCCUGCAUUGAUAAAAAUCUCAAGAUCCAGGUCUGCUGAAGAGACUUCUAAGAAGAUUUAACUGUCUUUCCAUGGAGGAAGAUACAUUCAAGAAUAUUAUUUUACAGCAUGGCUUGCAUCCUCUUAGUGACUAUCAUUUUAGAAUGAUCAAGUCUUUACUGGCAGAAGACUUAAAUUUGAAGGGAAGCAAGUAUGAAGAAUGUGACAAAAUUAAAUUUGCUGACCUGAUGGCAGAAAACUUCAAACAGGAUGAGAUCCUGGAAAAAUUGAUAGCACUCUUCGAAAUGAUACCACCUCUAGAAAACACUGCCAAACUUCUCAGGAAAGAGAAGCCAAAAGGUGUAACUGUCUUUCCAAAGAGGGAAAAUACAUGCAAGGAAAUCGUCUUACUGCAUGGCUUACACUCACUAAGUAAUUAUCAUUUUCAAAUGAUAAAGUCCUUAAUGGCUCAGCACUUAUACCUGAAGGGAAGCGAGUAUGAAGAAUGCGACAAAAUUAAAUUUGCUGACCUGAUGGCAGAAAAGUUCGAAAAGGAUGCGGGCCUGGGAACACUGAUAGCACUCUUCAAGAUGAUACCACCUCUGGAAAACACUGCAAAAUUUCUCAGAAAAAAGAUGCCAAAAGAUUUAACUGUCUUUCCAUGGAGUGAAAAUACCUGCAAGGAAAUUGUUUUUCUGCACGGCUUAUAUCCUCUCAGUGACUAUCACUUUAGAAUGAUAAAGUCCUUACUGGCAGAAGAGUUAAAACUAAAGCAAAGCGAGUAUGAAGAAUGUGACAAAAUUAAAUUUGCCGACCUGAUGGCAGAAAAUUUCAAAAUGGAUGCGGGCCUCGGAACACUGAUAGCACUCUUUGAAAUGAUACCAACUUUAGAAAACACUGCUGAUCUUCUCAGAAAAGAAACGCCAAAAGAUUUAACUGUCUUUUCAUUGAAGGAAAACACAUGCAAGGAAAUCGUUUUUCUGCACGGCUUAUAUCCUCUCAGUGACUAUCAUUUUAGAAUGAUAAAGUCCUUACUGGCAGAAGAGUUAAUACUACAGCGAAGUGAGUAUGAAGAAUGUGACAAAAUUAAAUUUGCUGACCUGAUGGCAGAAAAGUUCAAAAUGGAUGCAGGCCUGGGAACACUGAUAGCAAUCUUUGAACUGAUACCACCUCUACAAAACACUGCCGAACUUCUCAGAAAAGAGAAGCCAAAAGAUUUAAUUUUCUUUCCAAGAAAGAAAAAAACAUGCAAGGAAAUAGUUUUUCUGCACGGCUUAUAUCCUCUCAGUGACUACCAUUUUAGAAUGAUAAAGUCCUUACUGGCAGAAGAGUUAAAACUGAAGCAAAAAGAGUAUAAAGAAUGUGACAAAAUUAAACUUGCCGACCUGAUGUCAGAAAAGUUCAUAAUGGAUGCGGGCCUGGGAACCCUGGUAGCACUCUUUGAAAUGUUACCCCCUCUACAAAACACUGCAGAACUUCUCAGGAAAGAAAACCCAAAAGGUUUAAAUGCCUUUCGAUGGUGGGAAACAACAUGUAAGGAAAUUGUUUUUCUGCAUGGAUUAUAUCCUCUCAGUGACUAUCAUUUUAGAAUGAUAAAGUUCUUACUGGCAGAAGAGUUAAAACUGAAGCGAUGCGAGUAUGAAGAAUGUGACAAAAUUAAAUUUGCCGACCUCAUGGCAGAAAACUUCAUAAUGGAUGCGGGCCUUGGAAAGUUGAUAGCACUCUUUGAAAUGUUACCACCUCUACAAAACACUGCAGAACUUCUCAGGAAAGAAAAGCCAAAAGAUCUGAAUCUUUCUGUCUGGAAAGAAAAUACAUGCAAGGAAAUCGUUUUUCUGCACGGCUUAUAUCCUCUCAGUGACUACCAUUUUAGAAUGAUAAAGUCCUUACUGGCAGAAGAGUUAAAACUGAAGCGAAGACAGUAUAAAGAAUGUGACAAAAUUAAGUUGGCCGACCUGAUGGCAGAAAAGUUCAUAAUGGAUGCGGGCCUUGGAAAGUUGAUAGCACUCUUUGAAAUGUUACCACCUCUACAAAACAGUGCAGAACUUCUCAGGGAAGAAAAGCCAAAAGAUCUGAAUCUUUCUGUCUGGAAAGAAAAUACAUGCAAGGAAAUCGUUUUUCUGCACGGCUUAUAUCCUCUCAGUGACUACCAUUUUAGAAUGAUAAAGUCCUUACUGGCAGAAGAGUUAAAAUUGAAGCGAAGACAGUAUAAAGAAUGUGACAAAAUCAAGUUGGCCGACCUGAUGGCAGAAAAGUUCAAAAUCGAUGCGGGCCUGGGAACCCUGGUAGCACUCUUUGAAAUGUUACCACCUCUACAAAACACUGCAGAACUUCUCAGGAAAGAAAACCCAAAAGGUUCAACAGCCUUUCCAUGGAGGAAAUAUACAUGUAAGGAAAUUGUUUUUCUGCACGGCUUAUAUCCUCUCAGUGACUAUCAUUUUAGAAUGAUAAAGUGCUUACUGGCAGAAGAGUUAAAACUGAAGCGAGGCGAGUAUGAAGAAUGUGACAAAAUUAAAUUUGCCGACCUGAUGGCAGAUAAUUUCAUAGUAGAUGCGGGCCUGGGAAAAUUGAUAACACUCUUCCAAAUGUUACCACCUCUACAAAACACUGCCAGACUUCUCAGGAAAGAAAAUCCAAAAGAUUUGACACUUUUUACAUGGAAGGAAAAUACAUGCAAGGAAAUCGUUUUUCUGCACGGCUUGUAUCCUCUAAGUGACUAUCAUUUUAGAAUGAUAAAGUCCUUACUGGCAGAAGAGUUAAAACUGAAGCCAAGAGAGUAUAAAGAAUGUGACAGAAUUAAAUUUGCCGACCUGAUGGCAGAAAAGUUCAUAAUGGAUGCGGGCCUGGGAAAAUUGAUAGCACUGUUUGAAAUGUUACCACCUCUACAAAAUACUGCCGAACAUCUCAGGAAACAAAAGCCAAAAGGUUUAACUGCCUUUCCACUGAAGAAAAAUACAUGUAAGGAAAUUGUUUUUCUGCAUGGCUUAUAUCCUCUCAGUGACGAUGAUUUUAGAAUGAUAAAGUUCUUACUGGCAAAAGAGUUAAAACUGGAGCGAUGCGAGUAUGAAGAAUGUGACAAAAUUAAAUUUGCGGACCUCAUGGCAGAAAACUUCAUAAUGGAUGCAGGCCUGGGAAAUUUGAUAGCACUCUUUGAAAUGUUACCACCUCUACAAAACACUGCCAAACUUCUCAGGAAAGAAAAGCCAAAAGAUUUGACUCUUUUUACAUGGAAAAAAACUACAUGCAAGGAAAUCGUUUUUCUGCACGGCUUAUAUCCUCUCAGUGACUAUCAUUUUAGAAUGAUAAAGUGCUUACUGGCAGAAGAAUUAAAACUAAAGGAAAGAGAGUAUAAAGAAUGUGACAAAAUUAAAUUUGCCGACCUGAUGGCAGAAAAGUUCAUAAUGGAUGCGGGCCUGGGAAAAUUGAUAGCACUGUUUGAAAUGUUACCACCUCUACAAAACACUGCAGAACUUCUCAGGAAAGAAAAGCCAAAAGAUUUGACUCUUUUUACAUGGAAGGAAAAUACAUGCAAGGAAAUCGUUUUUCUGCACGGCUUAUAUCCUCUCAGUGACUAUCAUUUUAGAAUGAUAAAGUGCUUACUGGCAGAAGAGUUAAAACUGAAGCAAAGAGAGUAUAAAGAAUGUGACAAAAUUAAAUUUGCUGACCUGAUGGCAGAUAAUUUUGCAAUAGAUGCGGGCCUGGGAAAACUGAUAGCACUCUUUGAAAUGAUCCCACCUCUACAAAACACCGCCAAGCUUCUCAGGAAAGAAAAGCCAAAAGAUUUGACUCUUUUUACAUGGAAAGAAAAUACAUGCAAGGAAAUUGUUCUUCUGCACAGCUUAUAUCCUCUCAGUGACUAUCAUUUUAGAAUGAUAAAGUGCUUACUGGCAGAAGAGUUAAAACUGAAGCAAAGAGAGUAUAAAGAAUGUGACAAAAUUAAAUUUGCCGACCUGAUGUCAGAAAAGUUCAUAAUGGAUGCGGGCCUGGGAACCCUGAUAGAACUCUUUGAAAUGUUACCACCUCUACAAAAUACUGCAGAACUUCUCAGGAAAGAAAACCCAAAAGGUUUACCUGCCUUUCCACGGAGGAAAAAUACAUGUAAGGAAACUGUUUUUCUGCACGGCUUAUAUCCUCUCAGUGACUAUCAUUUUAGAAUGAUAAAGUCCUUACUGGCAGAAGAGUUAAAACUGAAGCAAAUAGAGUAUGAAGAAUGUGACAAAAUUAAGUUGGUCGACCUGAUGUCAGAAAAGUUUCUAGUGGAUGCGGGCCUUGGAAAAUUGAUAGCACUCUUUGAAAUGUUACCACCUCUCCAAAACAUUGCUGAACUUCUCAGGAAAAAACACCCAUUAGGUUUAACUGCCUUUCCAAGGAGGAAAAAUACAUGUAAGGAAAUCGUUUUUCUGCACGGCUUAUAUCCUCUCAGUGACUAUCAUUUUAGAAUGAUAAAGUGCUUACUGGCAGAAGAGUUAAAACUGAAGCAAAUAGAGUAUGAAGAAUGUGACAAAAUUAAGUUGGCCGACCUGAUGUCAGAAAAGUUUCUAGUGGAUGCGGGCCUUGGAAAAUUGAUAGCACUCUUUGAAAUGAUGCCACCUCUAGAAAACACUGCAGAACUUCUCAGGAAUGAAAGCCAAAAGAUUUGACUCUUUUUACAUGGAAGGAAAAUUCAUGCAAGGAAAUCGUUUUUCUGCACGGCUUAUAUCCUCUCAGUGACUAUCAUUUUAGAAUGAUAAAGUCCUUACUGGCAGAAGAGUUAAAACUGCAGCGAAGUAAGUAUGAAGAAUGUGACAAAAUUAAAUUGGCUGACCUGAUGGCAAAAAACUUCAAAAUGGAUGCGGGCCUGGAAACACUGAUAGCACUCUUCGAAAUGACGCCGUCUCUAGAAAACACUGCGAAACUUCUCAGAAAGAAAAAACCGAAAAUGUAAUAGGGUGCCUCCUCCCCAAUCUUGUCUCAAUCCCCAUCUCGGUCACAGUCACUACUUCCCUAGUGUAUUCCUCACUAUCUACAGGAGUACUCGUAGCUCAGGUGACAACAGCUUGAAUACUUGGAGAACUCUCUCCUAUAACAUGUUCUAAUAAAUUUGAGGAAUGGGAUUUUUGAGGAGGCCACUAAAGUGAUGAAAUAAAGCAGAAUGAAUUCUCAAUAAAUUUCUAACAUUCUUAUGCAUUGGAAAAAUUAAAAAUUAGCAAACUAAUAUUUGACAAUAUGAAGCAUUUUACACUAAUUGCAGUUUAAGUAUUUAGAUAAAUUAACAUCAUGUCUUUUAAGGUAAAUCUCAUUUCUCUUCUCUUCAAACUUCAUCUUACAGCUUAUAGAGGUAACUUGCUUUCCUUUAGUUACAUUUGUCACAUUAAUCCUUUUUCAUUUAUUCCCCAAUUAGAUAAUGUUUACUUCACAACACGUGGGUAGAUUUUCAUCAAAUUUAAUUAUUUGUCACCUACUUGGCUAGAAUAUUCAGACGCAUGUUACCCUUGCAUGCUUGGUCUUCAUUUUGUUGUCUUCUCUCAGUUAUGACUCUUCUGCAUUCUCCUCCAUGUGAACAUUGCUUCUAAUUCUACCUCUAUUUUAUGAUUUAGAACAAAUACAUUGGGCAAUAUUCCUAAUCUGUGUCCUCCACUCUCCUUCAUUUUGGUAUUUCCUUUCUCUCUCUCUCCUUCUCUCUCUGUCUCUCUCUGUCUCUCUCUCUCUCUCUCUCUCUCUCUGUCUCUCUGUCUCUCUCUCUCUCUCUCUCUUUCACCACAGCCUGUUUUUCAGACAAAGCCCACCAAUCAAAUGUGUUUUUAUUUCAUUUAAUUUUCAUCUGAAAUUAUUCGCUUUCCUUUUUGUGUUCUUGUUCCAUAUUACUUCCAAACCUUGUUUCAGUUUUAUACUGUUUUGUUUUGUAUGAUUCAUUGUGUGUAUGAAGAUGUAGACAACUAUUUAAAAGAAAACAAGGGACUUUAUGGCAGCCACUGUUGAUCUCCUGUUGUCUUGCUUUGAAAUCUAUGUCACUUACAUUUUUUUUCUUCUGAUCUGCUUUGUUCUGUUUUGUUCUGUUUAGUUUUACUCUCUUUAAAAUUAAGUUAAAAAAAUAAUGCUUGCAUUGUUAGAUUGACUUUGUAGACCAAAUGCUGGUCGUCUGGGAGUUUAUUUGGAUGAUAACAAUAUGAAUUAUAGCAACUGUCGGAGAUUUUCUUUUGUUUUGCUUUGAAAUCCAAUAUUCUGUUCCAUUUUACUCUUUUAUUUGAUUUGUAUGUCUGGAAACCUGAGCAAGUAUUUUUGAGGUUAACAACAUGCCAAAUAACCAUUGUGAAAUUCCUAUAAUCUUGUUUUGAAAACCCUAUUAGAUAUUGUUGUUUUUAUUGUUCUCCUUUUGUAUUUAUUGUUGUUAUGUUUAAAUUUGUUUAUUUUUAUUUUUAUGGUUUUUCUUAUUUCUCUUUAAAAUUAGAAAAACAGAAUGUUCUCAUUUAAGUGAAAUGAACAAAGAUUACACAAAGCCUUCUGUCAUGUCACAUCUGGUUGUAUUUCACAACUGCAUUGUACUGUCAAAGUUGUCAAUCAAAUUUUUCUAUUUUUAACAUC